AUGGGGUAUACUAAACCAGUUGAAGAGUCAGUUACGCCACCCAUACCCACAACUGCUCUUGCACCACAACGAAACGGGUUACAGCAAGCAAUUCACUCAUCACAUUUAGAUAAAAAUAAAAAUCAAUCCAUUUCUACACCUUCCAUUACAGCAGAGCAAUCACGUUUUAUACAAAACGACAAAAUGCGGAAGAAAAAAAUGACUGAUGAUGAAAUUUUAGAAAAACUUAGAACAAUAGUCAGCGUUGGUGAUCCAAACAGGAAGUAUACUAAAAUGGAAAAAAUUGGUCAAGGGGCAUCAGGUACCGUAUUUACUGCUAUUGAAAGUUCUACUGGUAUGGAGGUAGCAAUAAAACAAAUGAAUUUGUCACAACAGCCUAAAAAAGAACUUAUUAUAAAUGAAAUACUUGUUAUGAGAGAAAAUAAACAUCCAAACGUAGUAAAUUAUCGUGACAGUUAUCUUGUUGGUGAGGAGUUAUGGGUUGUUAUGGAGUAUUUACCAGGAGGAAGCUUGACAGAUGUGGUAACAGAAACUUGUAUGGACGAAGGGCAAAUUGCAGCUGUAUGCAGAGAAGUCUUACAAGCGUUAGAGUUCCUUCACUAUAAUCAAGUCAUUCACAGAGACAUUAAAUCGGAUAAUAUUCUUCUGGGACUAGAUGGUGGAGUAAAAUUAACAGACUUUGGUUUUUGUGCUCAAAUCUCUCCAGAACAGAAUAAACGUACUACGAUGGUUGGAACUCCUUACUGGAUGGCUCCAGAAGUUGUAACUAGAAAACAAUAUGGACCUAAGGUUGACAUUUGGUCUUUAGGAAUUAUGGCUAUAGAAAUGAUUGAAGGAGAACCACCGUACCUGAAUGAGAACCCUUUAAGAGCCUUAUAUUUAAUAGCAACAAAUGGCAAGCCAGAUAUUAAAGAAAAAGACAAACUUUCCAAUAAUUUUCAAGAUUUUUUGGAUCAGUGUCUGGAAGUAGAGGUUGAUAAACGAUCUGCAGCUUCUGAUUUGUUAAAGCAUCCAUUUUUAAAAUUUGCAAGGCCUUUAGCUUCAUUAACACCCUUAAUAAUGGCAGCUAAAGAAGCAGCUAAGGAAGCAGCAAAAGAAGCUGCAAAAAGUCAUUAAUUUUUUAACUGACUGCAAAAGCUUCUUUUUGAGUUAUACGUUGUAACAAUAGACGUUAUAGCUCGGAAAUACUUUAUUACAUAAUAUAAACAAGAAUUAUGGACUAACUUUGAAUCACGGCUUUUGCAAGAAGGUGAGAUUAAAAAAAAAAUCGUAUUAAUUGAAUAACGCAUAACAGUACACUAUAUUUUGAUAAUUAAAUCAAAUGUACAAACAGAUCAAUUUUGUAUCGUUAUUAUUCGAGUUAGAAUAUUAUAUAUAAUGAGAAAAAUAUCUUUGGGAUGUUAGAAAAUGCAACUAAUAAAGAAAAUUACAACUUAAAAUUUUUGUGAUCUGUGAAUAUAGUAAAUAAAUAUUUAUCUGAC